AGGAUUACAUACAAAUUUCUGCAAAAGCAACUGCUCGUUUCUGUGAAAGUCUCUGUCAGUCUGCUUCCUCACCGUUGAACAAACACACCCUUCUUGUGUUGUUCUCUCUAUUUUGGUUCAUCAUAUUUCUCUCUAUUUUCUCACAAUUUCUCUUCACAAGUUGAACAAAAAAAGGUUACCCACUUCAGGUAGACACUUCAAAAUUAUUGUUCAUGGCAUCAUCGGACGAAGAGGGUGAAAUUGUUCCCAACUGCAUAACCAAUUACCAUUUUGUUGAUAGCAAUGGAGGAGUUGCUUCAUUUUCCAUUUUGCCUCUUCAGUGGGGUGAGGAUGACAUACUUGGGGCACUGAACUCAGAGAUAUUUUUGCGUGGAACUGCAGAUGAUGGUCUUCAGCCCAUCUAUAAGAAGGUUCUAGCAUGGAGAUUUGAACUUUCUUAUGCCCUGCCAGAAAUUCAUGUGCUCUCCAAAGAUAAAAUCUGGAUCAAACUUCUUAAACCCCGAACAGGUUAUGUAGAUACUAUCAGAACAGUACUCAUCACUGUUCAUUUCCUCCACUUUGUGAAGAAGAACCCAGACACAGUUGGAGGGAUUGUGUGGAAUUACAUUGGGAAAAGUUUAAGUGCAUAUGAGGUACUACCUUCUAAAGAUGAUCUACUAGAGCACAUGCCAACAAUCAAAGAAGCUGCAAGGAGGGAUAAAGAUUUAUCUAAUUCCAAGAGUUUUGAUGCAUUUAUUUUGGAGACAUCACGAAAGAGGAUACACAGUUAUGAGUGCAAUCAAGCAAAAAAGAGACCCCGGUUUAUUAUUGAGACCGAUAACGAUGCUGAUAGUGGUGGCGAUGAUGAUGCAGUUGAAGAUGAACAAUUUGAUCAUGUUUGUGCUCUUUGUGAUGAUGGGGGAGAACUUCUUUGUUGUGAAGGCCGCUGCAUACGAUCUUUCCAUCCGACCGUGGAAUCUGGAGCUGAAUCUUCUUGUGAAUCUCUUUCUUACAGAAAUCACCAAGCAAUCCAGACCUUCUUGUGCAAAAAUUGCCAAUAUCAACGACAUCAAUGUUUUGCUUGUGGCUUGUUGGGGUCUUCUGACAAAUUAACUGGUGCAGAGGUCUUCCCUUGCAUUUCGGCAACUUGUGGACACUUCUUUCAUCCUAAAUGCGUCUCAGAGUUACUUUAUCCGGGUGAUAAAUGUCGAGCCUUAGAGCUGCAGAAGGAAAUCGUAGCUGGAGAAUCCUUUACUUGCCCUGCUCAUAAAUGUUCCGUCUGCAAGCAAGGGGAGGAUAAAAAGGAAUAUGAGUUGCAAUUUGCAAUUUGUAGACGCUGUCCAAGGGCAUAUCACCGCAGAUGCUUACCAAGAUGUAUUUCUUUUGAGCCCUCCCAUUAUGACAAAAACAUCCAGAAAAGGGCUUGGAAUGAUCUUUUGCCCAGACGUAUCUUGAUAUACUGUAUGGACCACAAGAUCAUUCCUAAAAUUGGGACUCCAAAAAGGGACCAUAUCGUGUUUCCACAUAUUGAUGGGAAAGCAAACUCACAAUCCUCAGGACUUCCAUCAGGACCUGUGAGGAUGCUCUCACGAAGGAGUAAGGUUCUUGGUGCUCUCACUGAAACAAGCUUCCUGCACAUAAAAAGGCCUUUUGAGGCGGGGCACAAUGCUACUGAAGUUGGUGAUUCUUAUGGAAAAGGAAAACAAUUGAAGCCUCCAACACAGGAAAGAGGCAAAUCGAAGGUGCCACUAAAGUUGGUCUGUGCCCGACAAAGUACUUUUAGUGGCAAGACGGUGAAUGUCUGUCCAGUUAUGCCUGUGAUGAAGAAGACCAGCAUUACACAGCAAUUGGCUGAUAAUGAAAUGAAAAAGAGAAUGAUGACUUUGAUAAAAAACUCCACCUCUUCGUUUAAUGUGGAGGAAUUUGUGAAUGAUCAGUACCGGAAAUGUAUAGAUAGUAACUCUCAAAAAAAUUUCACAGACAAGGCCAUUACCUUGGGAAAAGUUCAGUGUUCCGUAAAGGCUAUUCAAGUAGCGUUGAAGAAACUAGACGAAGGAUGCAGCAUUGAAGAUGCCAAAGCUGUCUGCGAGCCAGAAAUUCUUAGUCAGAUUUUCAGAUGGAAGAAGAAGCUUGGAUCUUAUCUUGCCCCCUUUCUUAAUGGGAUGCGCUAUACAUCUUUUGGUCGCCACUUCACGAAGGUGGACAAACUGAAGGAGGUAGUUGACAGACUAAGAUGGUAUGUGCAGGAUGGUGACACGAUAGUCGAUUUCUGCUGUGGAUCCAAUGAUUUUAGCUGCUUGAUGAAAGAAGAACUAGACAGAAUGGGGAAAACAUGUCAAUUCAGAAAUUUUGAUCUUGUACAAACAAAGAAUGAUUUCAACUUUGAGAAGAGGGAUUGGAUGACUGUUGGUUUAAGAGACUUGCCAGAAGGAUCCAAAUUGAUCAUGGGGUUUAAUCCCCCUUUCUCCACGGCAAAUGAAUUUAUAAGCAAAGCUCUCACAUUCAGACCGAAGCUUUUAAUUAUUACUGUUCCGAAAGAAACAAAAAGACUUGAUAAAAGAAAGAAUCCUUAUGAUUUAAUUUGGGAAGAUGACGUUAUCUUGGCUGGCAAGUCCUUUUACCUGCCAGGAUCAAUUAAUGUGCAUAACCAGCAGAUGGAGCAAUGGAACAUCGUGUCCCCUCCAUUGUAUCUGUGGAGUCGCCCAGAUUGGACUGCUAAGCACAAAGCAGUAGCUAUGCAGCACGGGCAUAUUAGAAAGUCUGAAGCAGAAGGAAACAUAGUAAAUACAGGGAUCACAAAUUACUUGAUGCAAGAAACGCAUGAUUGCUAUGGUGACUUUUCCGACAUCCUGACCAGCUGUGGUGACAUUAGUAGCUUGCUGGAUGAUAUUCCUGAGAUUUCUAUUGAUGCCGAAUAUAAUCAAAAUCAACAUUUUGGAGUUCCUGAGCAGGAUAUGUGCUACGAAGGUAAGGAUGAAAAUGAAACGUCACCAGCUGAGGAUAUGUGCAUUGACAUGGAUCUGUCAACUCCAACGAAUUCCCCACUUCACUGAAAGAUCAAGUAUAGGCCUUCGUCAUGCCUGUGGCUAAUUUCCUCGAGCAUGUCUCAACUUUUGGUAGUGUCGCUUGAAAUUUUCAUUUUUAAUGACAAGGUUACUGUAUAGUAGAAUAUCCACAGAUAAUAUUACAAGUAGAUUUGGUAAUCUACUUGCUCUGCAGACUUCCAAAAACUGAAACCAUAAUAUAUGUUGCAGAGUGAAGAUUCCAGGGCAACAUGCAUGGUCCCUUUUUGGAGCUAAA